GCUCCGCACUCGCUCGCUGAGCACGCUCUCUCUGUCUCUGGGCGUCCGCUCCGACAGCCACCUCGCUCCAUGCCGCCGCUCAGCUCCGACGCGCCGUCGAGGACUUACGGCCCCAAGAUGGGCUCCCCGAAGAAAACUGGGGAGGCCACCCAGCUGAGAAAGAGCCUCAAGCCGCUGAUGGAGAAGCGCCGCCGGGCGCGCAUCAACGACAGCCUCAACCAGCUCAAGACCCUCAUCCUGCCUCUCAUCGGGAAAGACAGCUCUCGCUAUUCCAAACUGGAGAAGGCCGACAUCUUAGAGAUGACUGUCCAGUUCCUCAAGGAGCUUCCAACCCCUUGCGCUUCCGUCUCUGGCUCCGCAGACAGUUUCUGUGACGGCUACCACACCUGCCUGUCCCGCCUUGCCACCCUCCUUCCUAAAUACAACUUCCUGAACCGUGAGGCCUGCAGCACCCUCCUUGGGCAUCUCCAGCAGGCCUUUGCGCAGCAGGGCUGGCUUCGGGACUGUUCCAGCCCAGCAGACUUGUCCAAAGAGCCAGGCUUGGAGAGGCCCCCGGGCCCACCUAGAAGGGCCCAGGAAGCCCCUUCACCACAAACAGGACUCUGGAGACCUUGGUAGAGCCACAGAACUUCUCGACUUAAAACUGAGCCAUUUUCAGACAGGAAGUGGCUGGAGCAGAGCCCUGUGCUGUGAAAGGAUUGCCGAUGUGUCAAGCAGAGAUAUCCGCCUGCAGAAAAGGCUGCUUGCUGUGUCUCAGAAUGAUGUGCUGCUCUAGCCUUCCAGCCAGCCUCAGCUGGGCAUAAAUAAGGUUUACCUGGUAAUUUGGGUGUGAUUGGAUCGUCCCAAGUCGCUCCUGACCCAGUUGAAUGACCUGCCCUCAGAUGAAGCUGCCUGCUGUGCCUCUGCAUGGCAGUUCCCUGUGUUCUGUUUAGGGAAGGAUCACUCAGUGAUAGAGCAUCUGCUCUGCAUGCAGAAGGUUCUAGAUUCAAUCUCCAGAGAAGGUUGGGAAUGCUCCCCCUCCAGAAACCCUGGAGAGAGCUGCUGCCAGUCAUUAUAGAUGAUCCUGAGCUAGGUCCAACUGUGGUUGGAUCACAGCAGUUGGAACACUUGUCAUAUGUUCCUUUAGACAAUAUAGGACCACCUCCUUCCAAUCGGGAGGAGUACCCAUGACAUGGACUCAUGCAGAGACAUGUGAGAGGGACUCCUCUGAGGGCAGGUGAUUUCUUACUCUGAACGUGUGUGCAUGCAACAGAGUAAUGUGUCUUCCUUUUCAUUCAGAGUCAGGUAUCAGUUGCCUGGAGAAAACUGUUAACUCUUUCUGAGGAGCAUCAAGGGUCUGGGGAGACUUCCUGCUCUCUCUCUCUCUUUCCAGACAUCUCCUUUCUCCCUCCCAUAGCCACAAUAGGGGGGGGAUGGAAGGCCAGUAAACCCCGCGGGUUGUUAAAUUGUCUUUUUCUUUCCCCUGGUCUGUGACUUGCACAAAUCCGGCAUGGCUUGAGCCAAGGACCGGACAGCACUUUAAACCUGUAUAUAAUAAUGGA